UUGUAUGUAUAUUGCCACAUAUGACUUCACCUUUACCAAUCGCUAUUGUGUUGUGUUGUAAGAGCGCGUGUUGUUGCUUCUCCAACCUUUUCUUUCCAAACCGACUUUUGUUCAUUUUUAAUUUUUGUAUUGAUAGCUAAAUAUGGAAAAUACUUAAUUGUUAAAGUUAAGGCAUGGAUGAAGAAUUAGUUGAUGACAGAAUUCAGUUAGAGGCUGUUGAGGAUUCACAGCGUCAGAACAAAGACGACGUCCUCGUAAAAUCCCAAUAUGAUGGUAAAAAUGUAGUUGAAGCAGCAGAUACAUCACAACAUCAAUAUGAAACAGUUGAAGAAUUAACAGUGAAAAGUUACAAUGGUUUUAGUUUUGAUAUUGGUACUUCUACUACACAAGUUCAACAUAAACAUUGGCAAAAUCUUUAUCAGAUUGGAAAUAAUUCAGGGAAUGUGAAUUCAAUUAGUGAUAUUGGGUUGAUUAAUAGUGGGCCUGCGGCUACGUCUAGUGCUUGGGAGGAUGUUGGAUCCACCUCGUUUCCGGAGUUAUUAGCUAGAAAAUCGCAUAGUGAUGGUCAGAGUAAUGUUGUUGAACAUUUGGCGGCUGCGGAAAGUAAAGAGGGAGUAGGACCCGCAGGUGAUGUUCGUCGAGGAAUACGGACAAAGAUGAUAUCCAAAUCAGGGUUUGCUGAGUAUUUUAUUAAAAAUACGUUGAAGAGUAAGGGUGUUGUACGUAAAGGUCCAGCUUCGGAUCGCGUAUAUGUCCAACCUAGAGAGCAAAAUCAGACAAAGACGGGCGGUGAUGCAAAUCAGAAUUGGGGUAAGAUUGGCGUUGGCGCAUAUAAGAAUCAGAUGAAGACGAGCAUUGAUACAGAGCAGAAACAAAUAAAGACUGGUACUGGUGCUCAGUCAAACUGUAAUGUAUCAGUGAACCGUGGUUCCAAGACUGCAAAGUUUCCGAUUCACAGUGAUGCUGCAGUGCCUAAAUCUAGCAUGACUGAAUGUGACGGUGUAACAUUGAGAGAAUGGUUAAAAUCUGGCCAGCGCAAAUCAGGCAAAGUGGAAAGUUUGAAUAUAUUUAGGAAAAUUGUGGAUUUGGUGGAUGACUCGCACUCUCGGGGAUUUGCGUUGCAUAACCUUUGUCCAUCUUACAUUAAAUUUCUACCAUCGAAUCAGGUCAUGUACAUUGGGUUACCUACUCAAAAACAGACGGCAGGUAAAAGGGUGUCUGAGCAAGUAACAUCUUCUGUUGAUAUGGGGUCCAAGAAACAAAAAUUUGACGAGAGUGGGAGGGUUACUGGGAGUGACUUGUGUCCUGAGACUGCUAAUCAUCAUGAAGUUCAAACUCCUUCAGUUGGAUCACAAGAUUAUCGUAAUGGAUAUGAGGAAGAUAACCAAUUUUCUGUGUAUAAUUUUGGGAGAAUGUCUAGCAUCCCUCGUGUAUCUAAUUCAGGUCAAUUGUCAUCUACUUGUAAUUCUUUAUGUGAAAGAUGGGAAAAUAAGUGGUAUGCGAGUCCUGAGGGAGGUUGCACAACAUCAUCAAACAUCUACUGCCUCGGUGUCCUCCUUUUUGAGUUACUAGGUCAUUUUGACUCUGAAAGGGCGCAUAUUGCAGCAAUGUCUGAUCUUCAUCAUAGGAUUCUUCCUCCAGCUUUCCUAUCAGAAAAUCCUAAGGAAGCUGGAUUUUGUCUCUGGCUGCUGCAUCCUGAACCAUCAUCACGUCCAACAACAGGGGAAAUCCUACAAUCUGAAGUGAUUAAUGGAUUACAGGAGUUGUGUAAUGAGGAAUUGUCAUCAUGUAUAGACCAAGAAGAUGCAGAAUCAGAAUUGUUAUUGCAUUUCCUCAUCUCAUCGAAAGAGCAGAAGCAGGGUGAUGCCUCCAAGUUGGUUGAACAAUUAGAGUGCUUGGAAUCAGAUAUAGGAGAGGCAGAGAGGAGGCAUGGCUUAAGAAAAUCCUUGGUUUCAUCUGGCUGGCAGAACAAUUACUCUUGUCAGAAAGUGAUUUCGCCUCUUCAAAAGGAAUUUUUGAGUGUAGAAAGACCGCCCACAGUGUCCCCAAUCUCCAAUACAAAUGAACUGAGAUUGAUGAAAAAUAUAGGCCAUCUUGAAAGUGCUUACUUUUCCAUGAGAUCCAAAGUUCAGAUUUCCGAAACAGAUGCCACAGAUCACCCAGAUAAAGAUAUACUAAGAACUCGCGAGAACUGGUCUGUGACCCAAAAAGGCGAGGAGCAGCAUAAUAGUAAAGAUGCUUUAGGAACCUUCUUUGAUGGUUUGUGCAAGUAUGCACGUUACAGCAAGCUUGAAGUGCGGGGUAUACUAAGAAAUGCAGAUUUUAACAAUCCUGCAAAUGUUAUAUGCUCUCUGAGCUUUGACCGGGAUGAAGAUUACUUUGCUUCUGCUGGGAUAUCUAAGAAAAUAAAAAUCUUUGACUUCAAUACACUUUGCAAUGACUCUGUUGAUAUCCAUUAUCCUGCUGUUGAGAUGUCAAACAGAUCAAAGCUUAGCUGUGUUUGCUGGAAUAGCUAUAUUAAGAACUAUCUUGCUUCUACAGACUACGACGGUGUAGUGAAGUUAUGGGAUGCUAGUACAGGUCAAGAAUUUUCUCAAUACAGUGAACAUGAAAAGAGGGCUUGGUCUGUUGACUUUUCUCCGGUAUGCCCUACAAAAUUUGCCAGUGGAAGUGAUGAUUGUACUGUCAAGCUGUGGAGCAUUAGUGAGAGAAACUCUUUGGGCACAAUCCGGAAUGUUGCUAAUGUCUGCUGUGUUCAAUUUUCUGCUCAUUCCUCUCAUUUGCUGGCCUUUGGAUCUGCGAAUUACUCAACUUACUGUUAUGAUCUUCGCAAUCUAAGAAGUCCCUGGUGCGUAUUGGCUGGCCAUCGUAAAGCGGUAAGCUAUGUCAAAUUCUUAGACUCUGAAACACUUGUUUCUGCAUCUACUGAUAAUUCAUUGAAGAUCUGGGAUCUCAAUAAAACCUCUUCGGUUGGUACAUCCACCAGUGCUCGCAGCCUAACCCUGUCUGGACAUACUAAUGAAAAGAAUUUUGUGGGUUUGUCUGUUGCUGAUGGAUAUAUUGCAUGCGGUUCAGAAUCAAACGAGGUUUACACCUACUAUAAGUCGCUUCCCAUGCCAAUUACUUCACACAAGUUUGGAUCUAUUGAUCCCAUCUCUGGUAAAGAGACUGAUGAUGACCAUGGUCAGUUUGUUUCAAGUGUGUGCUGGAGAGGGAAAUCAAACACGCUUCUUGCUGCCAAUUCAAGUGGAUGUAUAAAAGUGUUACAGAUGGUUUAAGGAAAGUUUUCCCUUGACGAUGGCUCUCCUACAUUUUUGCCCCAGUCGCUCGGGCCAUUCAACUUGCUGGGGAUUGUAAGAAACCCUUUAUACAUCUCAAGUUUUGGUUUAAAAUUUGACACAGGAAGGUACAAUCUCCACAAUACUUGAAUGGAGAAAUAGAUUUGCAAUCUAAAUCCUGGCCUUCUUGAAGUUGGAUUCAUCGCAAUGAGCAUAAGCAAGGUCAGACUUUAAACCAGAAUUCCACACUGUCAUUAUGUCAUAUUUAACAAAGGCUUGUUAUACAUAAUUUUUCCUGGUAUCAAAUAUGGAAAAGAUUGAGACUUCGUAGUUGGAGCGACAUAUGCUCAAAUGUCUGCAAAGUGCUUGGCUUAGCCUAUGGAAAUUGUACUGUGGUCCUUUUCAUUUUUUUUUUAUUCAUAAAGGACUAGCAAUUGCAGUUUUGUAGGAAAAAAAUGAUUGUUUGUAAUUGUAAAAUGUUAAAAUAGCUUCGCCACCAUAAAAAGAGAAGCAUUUAGUUUCAGUUGUAACGCCUCUCUCUAUUUUUUUUCCUUUUUUUUUUUUUUUGUCUCUAGGGGCGCACUCUGCACUCAAUGGUUGUAUAUAACUACAUAUAACUGUAACAUACCUGGAUGUUAUUGGUUUUAGGUUGCUAUUCAAAUGCAUGUAAAUCAAGCACAGUUUUUCUUUAUA